AGAAAUAGAAGACAGCCUUCCCUCCCUUUUUUUUUCUUUUGCUUUCUGCUGUGUACACACACCUCGGCUAGCCAUGGCAUUGUAGCAUACACACACACACACACAAAUGGCUGCUUACACUGUCAGUCGGUUUUGACAGCUAGACUCGUUCAACUUGUAACGAGUCUGCGUGAGAAAUUGGGCAGAAAGUGAGCUGAAUUAUAAGAAAUCGCUGAUAGAUGAGAAACGUAUGCGCGUACAUGGAUCCGUACUGUUUUUGUGUUAUCUUAUCGAGCUUUGAUUUUUCAAGCUAGAUUCGAUCGGUCUCCCCUCCCACAUUCUCAACCCACUCGAUCACGGCUCAAACCGCCCAAAUUUAGGUUGGACCUCGGCUGCUCUACCGUUCGUGUGUGUGUGGGAUUCGCGACUAGAAGAGAUUGCAGCCUUUCAGCAAUGACCACCAUAUCUCUAGUGUUUCCCAAUCUCGUUGUCCUCAUCAGUUGCUCAUAGAAAAAAUGCAGGUGCUUGUUCAGUAUUAGUGGUGGUGCUACUUUAUCGGAAAACCCAGAGGUUCCUCAUUCCAGCCACGUCAUGUCAGAAACCAAGAACAAGCUCAGCAAGGUGGCUCGCCUCAGGAAGCGCCUCAGCGACAGCUUGGGCAGGCUGGCCUCUCUGGCUAAAGAAGACUGGUCCAUCAGCCGAACUAGAUCUCAGACCAGACUCUCUCACAUGGGCUACCGCAAAGACCACAACGGUCUGAGCAUGAGAGGCAAAGCAGGAUUCUCUGACGAGUAUCUGGACAAGUUGGACAGCGAAACCAGAGACUCUUUGCAGGAGAAUGGGGAUGUAGCUGGUGGUGGGGGUGAGCCUGAUUUGCGAUGGGAGAGGCUCAGGUUAAGUGACGGAGAUUUGCUCACUGCUAGCCGGGACCCAGAAUUUGAAAAAUUAAAGGGUUCUGGUGGUGCUGAUUCUGGUUUGGGGAGUGACGACGCCUGUGCUCAAGACAUUAGUAGCCGAAUUGCAACGGUUGAAGGUGAACAAGUGGUGCUGAGACGCAGCAAAAAAUCGUCUUCAUCGCAUCUCAAACAGCGACCCAAAUCGGAAGUUUAUAGACACCAGCACAUCGAUCCGCAUCUGCCUGGAGCCAAUGUCGUCCUACCCAGUGCAUCCGCCAUCAAUUUAAAGCCAUCCGAGUCGAUACGUCGCUCGAAAAGAUACUCAGCCUUCGGGGGAACCAGUCCGUUUGGCAAAAUUGAGAAUUAUCUACGACUAGAGCAGCUAGGAGAAGGUUCUUAUGCGACCGUUUAUCGAGGGUUCAGCAAUUUGACUCAGCAAGUGGUGGCUCUGAAAGAGAUUCGUUUACAGGAAGAGGAAGGUGCUCCGUUCACGGCCAUCCGUGAAGCUUCUCUACUGCGAGACCUGCGCCACGCCAACGUCGUCACUCUGCACGACAUCGUCCACACUAAAACGUCAUUAACGUUCGUCUUUGAAUACGUCCAUUCAGAUUUGGCUCAGUAUUUGGAGAGGCAUCCGGGCGGAUUGCAAGCUCACAACGUCCGCCUCUUCCUCUUUCAGCUGUUGCGAGGCCUCACGUACGUCCACCGGCGCAAGAUCCUCCACCGGGAUCUGAAGCCGCAGAAUUUGCUCAUCAGUGAAGUCGGCGAACUCAAAUUGGCCGAUUUCGGGCUGGCCCGCGCCCAGUCGGUGCCGUCGCACACGUUUUCCAGCGAAGUCGUCACCCUGUGGUACCGGCCGCCCGAGGUCCUACUCGGCUCAACGCAAUACUCUUCGCCUUUGGAUCUGUGGGGCGUCGGCUGCAUCUUCGUCGAGCUUUUGACGGGCAGUCCAGCCUUCCCCGGCGUCAAAGACGCUGCCGAUCAAUUGGAAAGAAUCUUCAAGAUUUUAGGGACGCCGACGGAAGCGACGUGGCCGGGCGUGUCGAGGUUGCCGCUCUACAAGCCGCAGCGUUUGAACUUUUACCGGACUCAGCGACUGGGUCACGCGUUCCCUCGUUUGUACGACAUCAGCCAAGCGGAGAAUUUAGCGUCCAAACUACUCCAAUUGCAGCCGAGCGCCCGGCUGACGGGCGAAACGGCCGUCCGCCACAAAUUCUUCCAGGAACUACCCUCCCAAUUGUAUAACUUAUCUGACGACGUGUCGAUCUUUACGGUGCCCGGCGUCGGUCUCUACCCGGAAGAGAGGAAAUUCCCACCGGUCGUUUUGAGAGCGGCCCAGGAACUGAAAAACAAGGCCAAAUUUUGAUUUUAUAUAUAUUUUUUUUUACUAAUUGAUAGUGUUUUUCGUCCUUUUUUCCCCCUCCGCUGUCGAAAUCCGUUCCAUAAUAACUUCAUGAUGCAGCCAUAUAAGCCAAUCCCAGCAACAAAGUCCUUCCUUUUUAAAAAAAUUAACGCACUCGUAUAAAAAAAGGAGAAACUACGGUAUUAUUUACUAAAAAUCAUUCAUUUUAGCUUCUGCGAAACAACUCCGGGAAAAAAGAAAUAGUUUGAGUCGUAUCCCAUUUCAUAUAGAGCCAAUCCGCAACAAGCAUGUCCAAUUUUUUCUGUUGAUUUUUUAAAACAUGUUUUUUUUUUCUUUUUCUCUAUGUUUUUUUGACGUUGUCCCUCUUUAUUUUAUCUUUUUUCUGAGGGUGGCCAGUUGUUUCCUAGUAACCCAUUUUUUUCUUUCUUAUUUUUAAUCAUUUAUAGUUGUCAUGCAACAUUAAUGAAGGCAGCAAUACUAUUCCUGUUUUGAUAGAUAACAAAAAAUGAGCUCAGAUGUUUUUUCCAUAGCCGGAAACCACGCCCACCAAUUUUAAAUUGGUCCCCUUUUUAAAACACUAACUUGUAUUGACACUCUGCUCUACACCACGGGGCAUAAUUUUCUUUUCAGUACCUCCCCCUCAAACCCAAUUUCUGAUGCCAAAAUGUUUUCUUUUUUUUUUGAUUUCGUGCAUUGUCAUCGUUGCCAUUUUUUUUUUUUUGGUUUGUUCCCUCACCCUGUCGAAUGGUCUAUUCGUCCAUCAAUACUACCCGUUGUAACCGUCCUAUUCAAGAAAAAGGUGGGGAAUAGUGCAUCUGCUGUCGUCAUCUUUCUUUGUCAUGUCCCUUUUAAAAAAAAUAGACCCACGCAUUUUGGUCUGUUCAUCCGGAAAUACCCCACCCCCCACCUGAGAAGAUGGUCCUUGGAUUUUUUUUUCUUAAACUCACGAUAGUUGUUUCCAGUAACCUCCUCCUCCCCCUCGUUCCGCAAUGUCUUCGAAUCGAGAAAAACAAAUGUAAAUCUAUUUAGGAUUUUUCGGCAUUCAAAUUGAGUUUUUGUUGGUUCCUCAAUGCUGUUUUAUUGUUGAACGAUGACUAUCGAAAAAGAGAAAAAAGAGUAUUAAUUGUGACGUCCAAGGGAAGGAACAAAACAAAGUGAAAAGAUUCAUCCGUCAAAAAUAAGAUUUUAAAAAAGAAUUACAACUAACCGUUUGCCAUCCUCGUCGUUGUGCUCGUAUGUCACGUGUGUCGUUACUGUCUUCUUAUCAAAUAAUCAUCCUUGUAUCAAUCCCCAAAAACAAAUGGAUUUCCACCGAAAAUAAAAGCAGUUACGCGCCCCCA